UUUCGCCGAAACACUUUUGACCCAUGAGAGCAGAUUAUGCAAAACAUGCACGGAGCUUGUUCAAGAAAGAAUAGAAAUCAAAGAGAGAAUUCGUGUGGCAAACGAAGCCAUCCAGUCCGUGUAUUUGAGGUCAUAUGUAUUCUUAAACUGUAAACCUAACUUACCUAAGAACUAUAAGGACAGACGAUUUAUGGAGACUUUUCUGAAUCUUUCGAGAUGCACGUGGGACGAGUGUGACGAUGAUGCAAAAUCCGUCAAAAAGAGUGACUUUUCUUCGUUUCAAAGUGACAGUAGCAUCACGAUAGAGCCAGUUUUGAAGAAUCAAUACAAGGAACUACAAGAUGUGAUGUAUAAACUGGAGGAUGAACUGUUGGGGGAUAGCACAUCUGAUGAAGAAGAAAAUAUUGAUCGCUGUGGUUUGUGCUUGAAAACAUUGUCGAAUGCAGAUGGUUUCAACAUAAGCGACGAUAUCCGUAGUGAGCUGAAUACUAUAGUUCUUUUUAUGCUUGAUACACCUCUGACCAGUGACAGCAAACUAUGCAAAUCAUGUUUUAAACACGUGGAGGAAAGAAUGGAUAUCAGAGCGAAACUUCACGGUGCUGACCAACGCAUCAGAGAGAUCUAUUAUAAAGCUCUACUUGAACGAGCCCGUUCAAACAGAAUGUUGGAUAGCGAACGAGUCGGGAAGAGUUGUUGCGACAAACACAAGCGAGCUGCGGCGUUGUCCGAUAGAUGUGCGGCGGCAACUGUAAACUCCGCUGGAUGUACUGUUGUAAAGCGCCGAGGAUCGUUUAAACACGAUGAAUGCAAUACAGAAGAAGGCUAUUCGUCUAUGUAUAAGCUGGAGAAAGACUUAUGGGAUGAUGACGAUAAAUCUGAUAAGGAAAAUAUGGAUGUGGUUUCAAAACUUUGGGCAACAGAAGAUUUGAAGCUUAAAGAUGUCACAGAGGGUCAUCUCCAAUCAAAAGAAGAAGAUGAAGAGGUAGACGAAGAUGAUGAAGAUCUUGGAUAUUCUGAUACGUACGCUGAAUACUGGCCUAGCAAAUUACGGAUUGGAAAAAGGCAUCCAGAUCCUGUUGUUGAGACAAGUUCCCUGUCAAGUGUAGCUCCACCUGAUGUCUGGUAUAAGCUGGCAAUUCCAAACGAGGUUAUCGACAAACACUUGCUAUCUGCUUUGCAACUUGAAGCAAUUGUUUACGCCUGUCAGAGACAUGAAAUGUUACUUGGAGAUGGUUCAAGAGCUGGCUUCUUGAUAGGUGAUGGUGCUGGUGUUGGAAAAGGUCGUACUGUUGCUGGUAUAAUCAGUGAAAACUAUCUACUUGGACGAAAAAGAGCUCUAUGGUUGAGUGUAUCAAAUGAUUUGAGAUUAGACGCCAUUCGUGAUCUUCGAGACAUCAAAUGUGGUGUCAAUGUCCGCUCAUUAAAUAAGUUCAAAUAUGAUUCAAAGUUGUCCUCAAAAGAAAAUGGAAGUUUUAAGAAAGGUGUGCUGUUUGCAACAUAUUCCUCGUUGAUUGGAGAGAGCCAGGGAACAUCAAAAUAUCGGACAAGACUGGGGCAGAUUGUCAAGUGGUGUGGGUCUGAUUUUGAUGGAGUUAUCAUUCUAGAUGAAUGUCACAAAGCCAAGAAUCUGGUUCCAACCGGUUCAUCAAAACCAACCAAAACUGGAAAGACUGUUCUUGAACUACAAGAGAAACUACCCAAGGCUAGGGUGGUCUACUGCAGUGCCACUGGUGCUUCUGAACCCAAGAACAUGGCUUACAUGUCCCGACUUGGAAUCUGGGGAAAGGGAACUCCAUUUAAAGAGUUUACCCAGUUUAUUCAAGCAGUCGAAAGAAGGGGUGUUGGUGCGAUGGAACUGGUUGCCAUGGAUAUGAAGCUUCGUGGAAUGUACAUGGCUCGUCAGCUCAGCUUCUCAGGCGUGACGUUUGACAUUAAGGAAGUUCCACUCAGCGAACAGUUUAUCGAGAUGUACAAUGCAUCAGCGAUACUGUGGCAGCAGGCAAGAGAAAAGUUUGGAAAAGCGAUCGAGUUAUCAGGAAAUGACGGGAAAGUAAUGAAAAAAAUGUGGGCGCAGUUUUGGGCCGCUCAUCAGAGGUUUUUCAAGUAUUUGUGUAUUGCGUCUAAAGUCGAAGCUGCCGUUGCGAUCGCAAAGGAGGCGACUAUAAAUGGAAAGUGUGUGGUUAUUGGCUUGCAGUCCACUGGCGAGGCUCGAACCCUGGAACAACUCGGAGAGACUGGGGAACUCACAGAAUUCGUUUCGACUGCCAAAGGAGUACUGCAGGCUCUGAUCGACAAACAUUUUCCGGUGCCGAACUCGAGGGGAAGGUUUGACUUCAUGAAUGAUUAUCCCAAGACAACUCCUCUGGCGGCGAAGAAACGAAAAGGAGCGAGUCUUGGUAAAAAAAUAGCUGUGAAAAAGUUCAGAAAAGAAGAUAUGUUUGGUCAUGGUGGAUUGAGUGGAGACUCCGACGGUGAUGAUGACGAUGAUCGAUUAUCGAAUGAUGAUCGAUUAUCGAACGAUAAUCCUGAGGCACCGGCAAUUGCCCAAGAUACAAAUAGCGAAGAUGAUACGUAUGUCGACGAUUCUUCAGACUCGGAUGAAGAUAACUGGUUGAAGCAGAUCAUUGAGAAGCCAAAGAAACCAAAAUCUCGCAAUAACAGUCCAUCUUUACAACAAGAUGAAACCAGCAUGGACGCCUUGGUUGCCGCUGGUUUUAAUGUGAAUACACCAGCUUGGAAUAAACCUACGACAGCUGCAACUACCGCAGUGAAAGCAACGCCCAUUGCAGAGUCAUCAGGAUCGUCAAACAGUUUUGAUGGGAUACUGGCAAAGCUUGAGACGUCAAAAAAGAAUUGCCAGGAAAGCAACAAGAGUCUUGUGGAAUACGUGAAAACAAUGGCGAUACCAGCCGAUCAAUAUGCGAGUCUGAGCCCAGCUGAGCAAUGUCAAGUUAUGAAAACUGAACUUUUACAUAAACUGGACUACAUUGCCAGUUAUUUACCAAAUAAUACUCUAGAUCAAUUGAUGAAUGACUUAGGAGGACCCGAGUGUGUUGCUGAGAUGACGGGUCGUAAAGGUCGUGUAAUCACAGGAAAAGAUGGCGCCGUGCAAUAUGAACUUCGCAGUGAGCGCGAUUAUCCACUCGAGAUGCUGAAUAUCGCCGAAAAAAAGCGCUUUAUGGACGGAGAAAAGGAUGUUGCCAUCAUAUCUGAAGCUGCCAGUUCUGGUAUCUCAUUGCAAGCUGACAGGAGAGCGAAGAACCAGAAGCGAAGAGUUCACAUCACCCUUGAGUUGCCCUGGAGUGCCGACAAAGCCAUUCAACAAUUUGGUCGAACGCACCGUUCUAAUCAAGUGAGCGCACCAGAAUAUUUGUUUCUGAUAUCAAAACUCUCUGGGGAACAACGAUUUGCUUCUAUCGUCGCCAAGAGAUUAGAAAGUCUGGGUGCGCUGACUCAUGGUGAUCGACGAGCAACCGAGUCGAGAGAUUUGAGCAAAUAUAACUUCGACAACAAGUAUGGUCGAACAGCUCUCGAAGUGGUCCUCAAGUCGGUUCUCAAGAUCUCGCCAGCCUUAGCUAAACCUCCUGCGGAAUACGUUGGAGACUUCUUUGCAGAUGUUCGCGAAGCUUUAGUGGGGGUUGGUGUCAUUGCUUCUCAAGGUGGCAACGAAGUCUUGGACAAAGAUUAUUGCAAUAUAUCGAAAUUUCUGAAUCGUCUUCUGGGUCUGGAGGUUUCUCUUCAAAACGCUUUGUUUCAAUAUUUCACUGCAACACUCGAGGCAGUUAUACAACAAGCAAAGCGGAACGGGCGCUAUGACGAGGGUAUCCUAGAUCUGGGCUCACAAGGAGAGGAUGUACAGCGGUUGGACACUAAAACAUUUGACAACGUCGACGCUUCAGGGUCGACGGAGUUGCAUACCGUCAGCGUGGAACGCGGCAUGUCCUGGGAACGAGCUGUUGUAAUGUUACAAGAUCAUGAGCUGCCAGACGAAGGAUUUUAUAUGUCAUAUCAGGUUCGUAACAACAAACGAACAGCAAUUCUUGUCAAAACAGUCAUGAGCAUUCAGAAAAAGAAAAUGUUUCAUGUUUAUCGCCCCAACACGGGACUACAGCAAAAACAAGAAACGAUUCAGGAUAUAAAGAAAUCUUACGAGAAGGUGGCCGUGUGGUCAGCACAACCCGCCUGGAUCCAACAAUACGAAUCCUCGGAAACUCAGUGUGUGCAUUCAUAUUGGAAAGGCAAUUGUAAAAAGAAAGCCUUAGGUCUCACGUGUUCUGUUGGGUUACGCACGCGGACAUACAACAUUCUCAGUGGUUCAGUUUUGAGAGUUUGGAAUCAAGUUGAAAACGUCCUUGCUACUCAGGGAGGCAAUAAUUCACGUAUGCAAAUAAUUCGUGUUCGUACUGUGGACGGUCUACGUAUUGUAGGUUCAUUAAUUCCACAAAACUGUGUCGAAGCUUUAAAAAGACAGCUCACACCACGGCAGCCUGUUGCAGGGGAUCCUGGUUUUCCUUUGGAGGUCUGAAACAUUUCUAAGAACAUUCUGCACCCAACUGGCGCCUAGCGUCACAGCACAGCCUCUGUUACUCCAUGUUCUGUUCAACCAAGAAUAACGUAGUUUUUAACUUAAAAUCUGGUGUUAAUAAUUUUAAUCGGUAUUCCUAUUGAUAUCUUGUUAUCUGGCGUACAUUUUUUUGCAUUUGCUUAAAUCUCUCUCUGUUUUAUCAACGAGUACAACAAAAUACUUUGUAUUAAUACAGUGGGAUUUGAGCAAGUGUUUACAAGUUUAUGCUUUCCCUUCCUUCCUUGUAAAAUACUAUGUAUGGCGCAGCACUUGUCCAACACGAAACUGUUAGUUUAAAUGGACUGUUUACCAACUUACUAUCGUGUGUGGACGGUUUUUGGGUUGACCUGACUACCUUUCACUAGUCCCACAGUAAAAUUGCUACCAGCUGGAAUCUCAUGCAAGUUGACGCUCGUCUUCAAGCCGUUGCACCGUUUACCAGCACACAAUUGUAUAAAGUUCGCAAUUGUAAAAGAACAUAGAACUUUGAUAAUGUUAACUUGCUUCAUUCACCCAUUCAAGAAUUGUUACUUGAAUGAAUGCAAAAUGUUGUUCAAUUAUGAACUAUUUGUACAUAAAUAUUUAA